AUGUCUGGCUUCAUAACCACAAUGUUCGUGUCUCCCCCCUCCAGUUUUUCCCCCUCGUUCCCCGCGAAGCCAAAGCCACUCCACCCCGUCUUCACUUUUGCCCAGAGCCAGAGCUGCAUGAACCUGCGAAUCGACAUGGAACUCCUGGACUGUCAAGAGAGGGGCAUGGCAGGAGAUUUGGGGUCCACGGUGCCUGGAUCUGGAUUGGAGCUUGCCAAACCCAAGGAGACGUAUCAGAGUCCGCUGCAGAAGAUUGGACAGGCGCUCAGGUUGCCGCAGUUGGCGCUGGAUACGUCGGCUGUCGCGCUGCCUCCGACGGCACUGUUGGAGGCGGACAUGUCGUCUACUUCGAGUAGUCCAACACGUCAGCCGCCAAACUACUCCUACAAGCUCCUUCCCGGCGGCAUAUCGUCUCCCACACUCUUCCAGACGGAGAAUCAUGCGGCUCUGGGUCCCACAGAAGACGACCGCUGCUCGGUAGACACGGGCAGCAUCAUCAGCCCGGAAACUAGGGCGGCAGCUCUAGCACAACGCAACAAAGGCUAUUUCUCGGGCCCAGGCUUACUCUCUUCUCUUUUUAGUAACCCACGAACGCGUGCGCCGUUCAAGCCGCAGAAAGCGAAUCGAGGCACGAGUAGUUGGCAGCUCAAGCAGUAUGCAGAGGCGACACUGGGUAGCGGGAGCUUGAGGAAGGCGGUCAAACUGCCCGAGGGCGAAGACAAGGAUGAGUGGUUGGCUGUCAAUGGUAGGGUUAAAAUAUGGCGUUCAUUGGAAACAUGCUGA